GAGGGUUUUUCACAAUAACAUAACAUAACAUAACUAUCGAAGCGCCAAUCCCAUUACGCGUCCCACGAAACAAACCAACCCAUAUUUCUCCCCACAUUUCACUCUCACACUCUCUCCUUAUCUUCUUCCCAAACCCUAGACUUUUACAGGAUUCGUCAUGAAGGGCGGUAAAUCCAAGGCGGCGCCCAAAAAGACCGAUACUAAGUUGAAGAGCAAAGGUGCUGGAGCUAGUAAGAAAUCGGCUAAGGCUGCGAAGGAUCCUAACAAGCCGAAGAGGCCUGCCAGUGCUUUCUUUGUCUUCAUGGAGGAAUUCAGGAAGCAGUACAAGAAGGAGCAUCCUAAUAACAAAUCUGUCGCGGCUGUUGGAAAGGCUGGUGGUGAUAAAUGGAAGUCAUUGUCCGAAGCUGAGAAAGCACCUUACGUAAGCAAGGCUGAGAAAAGGAAAGCGGAGUACACUAAGACCAUGCAGGCUUACAAUAAGAGAAUUGCGGAGGGAGGUAAUGGAGCUGAAGAAGAAGAAUCGGACAAAUCCAAAUCAGAAGUCAACGAUGAAGAUGAAGAUGAUGAUGAGAGUGGAGAGGAAGAUGAUGACGAGUAAAUGUUAGGGACGAGGAAGAAUGAUGUGGUGGAAGAACAAGCAAUUAACUCCUUCACAGUCCGGUGCAAAAAAAAAACUCAGCAAUUUAGAUUUUUCUUAUGUCUCGGAUGAAUAGCUACUUCUUUUUUCCUUUUUUUUUUUUUUUGGGGGGGGGAAUUAGGAUAGAUGGGAGAAAAGAAAUCAAAACAAGAAAGGUUCGGGUUGAAUGUUAGAUUCCUUAAGUUGACAUGCUUCUGUAUUCAAGCAAAAUCUGUUAGUAAUUUCACAAUCAUUCAGUUUCAGUUGAUUAUUCUACUGAUAUUA